AGUCCGCUCGCUAUGGGUGGCUUCGCUACAACUCUCCUCACAUUCUCGCUAUCCUUGAUGGACAUCCGUGGCACAAGUAUAGAGGCUAUCCACUCUGGAAAUUUGAUUCUGGUUGCUGGUUUAGGUCUUCUCAUUUCUGCACAAUGGGAGAUGGCGCGUGGCAAUACCUUUUCGUAUACCGUGCUCAGUGCUUUUGGUCUCUUUUACGCAUCUUACGGUGUCAUGAUGUUACCCUUUAUGGGUGUAAUCGAAGCGUACGGCGGAUUAACGCCUGCCUACUAUAAUGCCAUGGGAUUUUAUCUCUUAAUCUGGGGCAUUUUCAAUCUAUUCUUCCUAAUUGCAUCUUUGCCAAAAAAUAUCGUCUAUAUUUCAAUCUUUACGACGGUAGAACUGUGCUUUCUCUCAGACGCAGCAUCACAUUUUGCCUUCGCCGAUCACAGGGUCGCGAUUGCUGAUGGACUUGGCAAGACAUCCGGAGCUUUUGGUUUUGUGGCAGGACUACUGGGGUAUUAUGCAACCGCGCAUUAUCUGUGUGAAGAGGCGCUGCCGUUUCGUGUACCGAUGGGUGAUACCAGCCGCUUCUUUCGUAACAUGAAGAAGUCCGAAUCCAAUUAA